AUGGAGGAUUCUAACUUAAGCUUCAAAAUAAUAAAUGAUGAAGGGGUGAAAAAGUUUAUGAACAGUCAAAUAUAUCAAGACAUAAUUAAUUUCAUAUCUGAUUUAAACACAUCUGUUAUUGGUGUCGAAAUGAAACCUUUAGAUAAAUUUGUUUUAAAAGUAGAAAAUAAUACAAAUAUAGAUAAUAUAUUAUUUUUAUCAAAAAAUGUAUAUAAUAUAUUACAACUAAUUAAAAGUAUGAAUAUAUGCAUAGAUAAAUGUCCACCAAUAAAACAUCCUACUCGAUUUGGAAAUAAAGCUUUUCCAAUGUUUUGUGAUGAAUAUUAUAAAGAAGUUGACCAACAAUUACCAAAUAUUUUAAAAGCCUCAGGAAUUUCAAAUAUUUCUGAACAUACAUAUCAAUUAUCAUUUUAUUUAAAAAAUUCAAUUGGAAACAAAAAAAGGAUUGAUUAUGGAACUGGUCAUGAAUUAAAUUUUUUACUUUUUCUUUUUUGUUUAAACAAAUUGACUUUUUUUUCACCCCCCGAUCAUAGACAAUUAGUGCUCGUUUUAUAUAGACAGUAUUUAGAAUGUGUAAGGCAAGUACAAGUAAUAUAUAAUGUUGAGCCAGCUGGAAGCAGAGGGGCAUGGGGAUUAGAUGAUUUUCAAUUUCUUGUUUUUUUAUUCGGGGCUGCUCAACUUUCAUAUAAUAAAGAAAUACAAACAAAUGAUGUCGAAAAAAGGGAAUUGGUUGAAUUAUGGGCACCAAAAUAUUUGUAUUUUGACGCAUUAAAAUAUAUAUUAAUGUUAAAACAUGCCCCUUUUCAUGAAUCGUCCCAAAUGCUGUAUGAUAUAUCAGGAGUAAAAACAUGGGAAAAAAUUUGCUCCGGUUUACUUAAAAUGUACCAAGUUGAAAUAAUUCAGAAAAGACAAAUAUUGCAACAUAUUUUAUUUGGGAAAUUAAUUGACUUUUAA